UUGUGGCGGUUUCGGUUGUGCCUUAUAGUUUUGAGCAAGGGUCCGGUUUUGAACCGGAAGAAGAUAUACCUGAUCCACCUUCACAAGCUGGACUGGAGCAGAAAACAAGCGUACCCACCGUCCCGCAGCCGGAAGGAGGAAGAAAUAUGACCAGCGCUGUGAAUGAAGAUGCUGCCUGCAAAGACUUUGGGACUAUAUUCAUAACUUGGAAUACUUUUAUGCAAGACCCGUUUGAUUUGUUUUAUGUGUGGAAACUUCCGGACUAAGGCAAUAUAAAUAAUGGAGGAUCAGACAGACAGGCCACAGAUUAUUCCAGCAGAGACGUACUCCUCGGAUUCAACAAUGGAUGUUUGAGACAGCCAGAGUCCUAGUCCUUCAGUGACCCUCCCACCUCCUUUUCUCUUUUGCUUGGUCCACACCUCUCCGUUCAUCUGGCCAGUAUUUAAUCAUUCUACUCUUUCACCCCGUCUCAGUUUCUGGUGCUGCCAGGAGUCAGACUGUCCUCUUUAUCCCUUCGCUGUCACUGUCCUGUUACCUUCCUCUAAGCUGAGGCGAAGUCUGUAAAUCCGUCACAAUGGUUGCUGAGGUAGACUCAGCGUCUCAGGGCAGCGGUGUGCGGCUGAAGCAGGAGAUUUCCCUCCUCCAUGGGGUCUGUCUUAUCGUUGGAAAUAUGAUCGGCUCUGGCAUCUUCGUCUCACCUAAGGGGGUUCUUAUGUAUACAGGCUCAUUUGGCCUGUCCCUGGUAGUGUGGGCCAUUGGAGGGAUAUUUUCUGUGUUUGGAGCGUUAUGCUAUGCUGAGCUGGGAACCACCAUCCGUAAAUCAGGAGCUUCCUACGCCUACAUCCUGGAGGCCUUCGGAGGCUUCUUGGCUUUUAUUCGACUUUGGACAUCAUUGUUGAUAGUAGAGCCAGCCUGUCAGGCAGUGAUAGCCCUGACCUUCUCCAACUACCUGGUCCAGCCUUUCUACCCCACCUGUUCAGCCCCAUACAACGCCGUCCGUCUCAUCGCUGCCGCCAUCAUAUGUCUGUUGACUUGUGUGAACUGCAUGAAAGUGAAAUGGGGUGCUAUUCUUCAGGUCAUCUCCACUGUAGCAAAGGUCAUGGCUCUCAUCGUCAUCAUCAUUACUGGCUUGGUUAAGCUGGCACAAGGUUUUGACCAGAAUUUCGAGGACUCAUUCAAAGGCUCCAAGCUGGACCCUGGUGACAUGGCCUUGGCCCUUUAUUCAGCACUGUACUCCUACUCAGGCUGGGACACGCUCAACUUUAUCACAGAGGAGAUCAAGAACCCAGAGAGGAAUCUCCCCUUAUCCAUCGCUAUUUCCAUGCCUAUUGUCACAGUGAUCUACAUCUUGACCAACAUAGCUUAUUACGUUGUCAUGGAUGCAGAUAAAGUGCUCAACAGUGAAGCUGUUGCCGUGACAUUUGCAGAUCAGACGCUGGGCUGGGCUCGCUGGCUGAUCCCUCUGUCUGUGGCUAUUUCCUGCUACGGAGGCCUCAACUCCUCCAUCAUCGCUGCCUCCAGGUUGUUUUUUGUUGGUUCCAGAGAAGGCCAACUACCUAAUGUCCUGUGCAUGAUCCACAUUAAGCGUUUCACUCCAAUCCCUGCCCUGCUUUUCAAUGGCGCCAUGUCUCUGUUCUACCUGUCGGUGCCUGACGUUUUCCAAUUGAUCAACUACUUCAGUUUUAACUACUGGUUGUUUAUCGGCUUGUCUAUAGCCAGCCAGAUCUACCUUCGCUUCAAAGCUCCGGAUCUGCAUCGACCUGUUAAGCUGUCGUUGUUCUUCCCAAUCGUUUACUGCUUGUGCAGCAUAUUCCUGGUCGUGGUGCCCCUCUACAGCGACACCAUCAACUCUCUGGUAGGAAUUGCUGUGGCACUGUCCGGUGUCCCAGUCUACUACUUUUUCAUCUACUUGCCACCCACCUCCAGACCAGCCUUCCUCGGAGAAAUAAUCGAUAAGAUCUCUCUUUGCACCCAAAAACUGUGCAUGUGCUGUGUGGCCUCGCCUGAUAUUGAUCUGGACAACAUAGACCCAGAAAAGAUCGAAUGACGGAGCAACAAAGGACUCUGAAGUACUGUAUUGAGAGAUGUGAAGAUGAGGAUGAAUGAGUGAAUGAGGGAAGCUGCAGACAAUCAGGAUUUGGAUGAGGAAGGCUUGAUUGAUUAAAGGAAGAGCGGAAACCACCUUCUCCUCCUCUCAAACAUGAGCCAUAUGAAUAACAGAGCAGGAUUUUACUUGGAGAGAAUUAAUUUUGUGCAUAAACCUCCAACAAAUACCACUGUACAGAUUAACUCUCAUGCACAUUCACAUGGUGGGACACAAUGCAGUGUUUGUCGGUCGUGCGGUUCCUUGCACACGUGCCCACACACUGUAACUUGCACACACACCUAAGCAGACAGAAACCCCGAAAGUGACACCACAACAACCAAGUCCAGAAAGAGUUGACUCAGCAGCUGAGGUGAUUUCUUCACAAAUAGGAGGUAGUUACAAACAAUACACAUGAAAAAUGUCUGUUACAUCCGUUACAUGCCUUACAUGCGUUGUCUUACGUUAACGAAUUGGGACCCUUUUUUAAAAUGGAAGCUUGCGACCCCUCGUCACAGGUCGGAAAUGUCACUGAACAUUGCAGAACUCAAGUUUGUAAUGGUUUUGAUGGGUUUGCAUUAACAUCAGAUCUGUAAUUUACCAGUGUGUGGCGCUCAUAUAAAUAUAUAUUACAGCUUUGAGUUUUUCUUUUAAUUAAGAGUUUAUAUAUCAUAUGGCACCACAGUCGGUAUGACAACCAGAAAGCGAGUCCAGAGAGUGCGGUGAAUGGCAACAAUUUUGCACAUUUUCUGUUUUGUUGUUCAACCUUGUUUAUAGGAAGCUUUAUUCUGAUCCAUUACUGAAUUUAAAGACUGAAUGGACUGGUUUUUUAUGUUAAGCUAGGUGAGAAAGAAAUAAUUUGUUCAAGCCUGUUGUCAUGUGUCUGUUGACAGCGUGUGUGUAUCCUGCUUUUGUUCCACCUAAGUAAUUUGUUCAAAACGUUUCCUUCUUUCAACCAAAUCCUUUGUUUGCAUCUUCGCGGUUAUAUUCAAUUGCCAGUGCCUCCUAAUGGUAGCUAAUAUUUACUUCCAUGGACAAGCGACAAGAUUUUCCCCAAGUGUCAUUCAAGAGUCUAUCUACAUCUUGUGUGUUUUUUGUUUAUGGUGUUUAUGUGUCAUUUGUCACUUGUUUUCUAUUACCAUACAUUUACAAACACACGUCAAUGAGAGGAUUGUAGUGUUACUGAUAUCAAAAAGGUUUAAACAUACUGUUGUGACUGUCUCUAGAUUAAGCAAAUGUACAUGAAGAAGGCUCCUGUGGGUUUCGAUUUUCUUCAGAAUGGGGUCUUUGUAGAUACAAACCUCAGGAUCAACCAUGCUGAUGUGCACACGUUGUUGCUGAUAUUUAUUAUCAUUGUUUUGUUUUGUUUUUUUAACCACUCUUGUCUUAAGAGUUUGUAUCGCAGGUAGGAUAUUUAAUGUAAUAUUGCCUUUUGAAUAGAUCACCAAUGUGGACCAUUUAUUCAGAGUAUAGCCAAAGGUCUUAAACAGGCUGACAGUCGGACCAUCGUUCUGCUCACAGAGUAGUGAGCCUGUUGCAGAGUGUCUUUGCGCUCUGGUGAGUACAUUAUAGCUGUAGUAUGUUACACUACAGGUAGAAACAAGUCAAACCGGUGUUGUCGUACUGCAGUCCUUAUUAACUGUAUGUGCCUUCAGUGUCUCAUGCACAAUCAUUUCCACACAUUGCUGUAAGGUUUUCCAAAAGUUCUUCAGGUCAUCAUCCUCUGAUUUUAUUUAAUUCUGAAAGUGGCAUCACCAGCCAGAUGUUGUAGUUGAGGUCAGAUGGAAAUAAUCAGGCUUUAGUUUGAACCAUAUUUAGUCUCUUGACAUGAGCACUUCCACAACACCAGCCAAAAGAAGCACACAGAUAUUUGUUUGAUAUUGCUUUCUCUUGGUUUAAGUCACCAUUUAAACCUUACUAGUCAGUUGUGUGUGUGUGUGUGUGUGUGUGUGUGAAGAAGAAAAUCGCUAUAUAUCCGCAGUGAAGAAUACUCUCAAGCUGUUUCCAUAUACUGUCAUGUUAUGAACUGUUAUAUAGUGAGAAAACACAGGACUUGAAUGUUGAAGUAUAAUAUUUUGUUGUGUUACAUUAGGUACCAAAUCUGUGUGUUCUGGUUGGGUUGUGUGUGCUAGCAACGCUGUGUACUGUGUAUUUGUAGAAUUGUGUUUAAGUGCUUUGUUCACUGUUUUUAUCUAUUCUAUUUUGGAUAAACCAAAUGGUAAGACAAGUGUUUGAGCACAGGAAGUCUUGUUCGUCCAAACUGAGGCGUAUGUUUUUAUCUGAAUAAAGGCAAAUACAGAA